UUAGGAGGCGUUGACGUAUAACUGAUUUGUUUUUAGAUUCUUUUAAUGACUGUCAUAUAAGUAGACUGAUUUAAUGUUUCCCUUUUGCUAAAGUAAGGGAGCCUGUCAAGCAGUUACCUUUAACUAACUGUGUAGUCUAUUAAAGCCGUCAUACCCACGAACUCGAAACCGCUGUCAAGAAAAGCAGAACUACACACUAAAGACAUAUCCAUCUCGAAAAGAUUCACCUCAGCUUUUAUUGGCCUUAAAUAUUCCUUAUAUUAUCUUACUAGUUCUUAACGUCUAAUAUUUCCUCACGAUGAAGACCACUUUACUAUCUGCGUGCCUAUAUACUACAGUUUUGGUUAGGCUGUUAGGCUUGACCUCUGCUGCGGUUAUUCCUCGCUCAGAUGCCGACACCAUUGCCAACUUUGGGAGGAUAGGCAUCUGUCUCUCAUACCUCGGAGCUGGAAACACAGAGAAAGAGCUCGCCCCAUGUAAAAUCUUUUGCCCGGCGCAAAAUCCGGGGUCAGACCCAAACGCCGUUGGUUGCAAAGGUCCAGAUGUACCUACAGACAAAUUAGAUCCUAGCACAAUAGACAAAGACGACGACGGGAACGCAUUCACGCCGGGCGAGUGUAUUUGCGACCUCUCAGGAGCCGUUGCAUUCCUUGAUGUGGUUAUUCAGGGGCUUUCGCAGCUAGACAAUGUAAUAUGCGCCGUGGUGCUAUCGGCCGUGACGACCCUCGUCGAGGAAGGCCUUGACGCUGUGCCUGGAGGCGCAUCUGUGACCGCGGUCCAGAAAGCUGUCGAAGGUGCUAAGACGUUCGUGGAGAACGGGCUUGAUGCUAUCUCAUUCUUCAGCGAUUAUAUUGGAAAGUCGUGCGGCGUUUCUGACUUCAGCUUCAACUUGGACGACGUAUUUCAGGGCUUGAGUGAUGCUCCGGACUCGCUCGGCAUGAGCAAGGGCUGCUUUAGACAGAAUAAGAGUUGUCAGAGACCUUGAGACACGUCGAAUAAAUAUUCACGUCGAAACAUUGGGUGGCAUUGGUAUUGCUAUGGGGGCCUGGUCGGGAAAUUGAUUUGAUACGUAACUUCAAUGGCGUAUGGAUAGGGGUUAGGCGUAUGGUAUGGUAUUUGAUUAGGGUUUAUUCUAAUGUUGCUAUCAUUUAGGGGACCUCUCCUAUAGAUAUAUUAAGAUUCUAUGGUUC